UCUAUUUAACAAAAUAUGCUUCUUUAUAUAUGUACGAUUUUUAUAAUCACCAUUGCAAGAGAAGGGAGAGUGAGGAAUAAAAGAGACGUAGUAGAGACAAAUUACUUCAUUCGCUUUAUUAAUGUGACUUCUUGAUAAAACAUAAUACAGAAAAUAUCUUACUUGAUAACCUAAUGGUAUCAUUCAUUGUUAUUCAAACAGUUCUACAUGAAUUUUUGAGUUAAAAAUUUCAACUCAAGAAAGAUAGGGAUUGUUGAGAUUUAUAAUAACCAAUAAAAAUGGUUCAUGAUGGAAUUAUUAAUCAAUCUAAACCUGUCAUAUUGAAUAAUGAAGAGAAACUUGACAGGAUAUCACAUACUUUAGUAUUUUAUGUUAAUGGCAAGGAGAUAAUUGAUAAUAGUGUUAAUCCAGAAUGGACUUUAUUAUGGUAUUUAAGAAAUAAAUUACAUUUAACUGGUACAAAAUUAGGCUGUGCAGAAGGUGGUUGUGGAGCGUGUACUGUAAUGAUAUCAAAAUUGGAUCGUACAACUGGAAUUAUUACACAUCUAGCAGUGAAUGCAUGUUUAACACUGGUUUGUGCCAUACAUGGUUUAGCAGUAACUACCAUCGAAGGUAUCGGAAGUGUUAAAACGACACUGCAUCCGGUCCAAGAACGGAUAGCGAAAGCGCAUGGAUCACAAUGUGGUUUUUGCACACCAGGAAUUAUAAUGUCUAUGUACGCUUUGCUACGUACUACUCCUAAACCAAGUAUGAAAGAUCUUGAAAUAGCUUUUCAAGGAAAUUUAUGCAGGUGUACUGGAUACCGUCCAAUCAUAGAAGCUUAUAAAACUUUUACGGAAGAAUGGGAACUUAUGCAAUUAAUAUCAAAAGAUAAAGAAAAAUCUUUAACAAAUGGAGAAUGUUCUAUGGGAGAAAAUUGUUGUAAAAAAAUACCAAUAGUAGAACCCACAGAAGUUUUUGAUUCAAAAGAAUUCUGUUCAUAUGAUCCUUCUCAAGAAAUAAUAUUUCCUCCUAAAUUACAUAUUUCUUCACAUUUAGAUGAAGAAUAUUUAAUAAUAAAAGGAAAAGAUGUUACUUGGUAUAGACCAAAAACACUUACUGAAUUAUUAUAUCUAAAAAAUCAAUAUCCAAAUGCAAAAAUUGUCGUAGGAAAUACAGAAAUAGGGAUUGAAGUUAAAUUUAAGUAUCUAUCUUAUCCAGUUCUUAUACAGCCUACUUUAAUCAAAGAAAUGCAUAUUAUUGAAGAAUAUUCAAAAGUACUAAAUGUAGGUGCUAGUGUUACACUUAUUGAAAUGGAAAAAUCCUUAAAAAAUCAAAUUGCUAUAAAACCUGAAUACCAAACGAGAAUUUUUAAUGAAAUAGUUAAUAUGCUUUAUUGCUUUGCUGGAAAACAAAUCAGAAAUGUAGCUGCUGUUGGUGGAAAUAUAAUGACGGGAAGUCCUAUAUCAGAUCUGAAUCCAAUUUUUAUGGCAGCUGGAGUAAACUUAAAUGUUUCAAGCUUGAAAAAUGGAAAUAGACUUAUUCCAAUGGAUCAUACUUUUUUUAAGGGUUAUCGGCAAAAUGUUAUUUCACCUGAAGAAAUUUUACUUUCGAUACAAAUACCGUUUUCUGAAAAAAAUCAAUAUUUUGUUGCUUUUAAACAAGCAAGAAGACGAGAUGAUGAUAUUGCUAUUGUUAAUAUGGCAUUAAAUGUAUUCUUCGAGCCAGAAAGUAAUAUUGUUAAUAAAGCAUAUUUAGCUUUUGGUGGUAUGGCUCCAACGACAAUUUUAGCAAGAAAAACUUGUAAUACUAUGAUUGGAAGGAAAUGGGAUGAAGAUCUUUUAGAAACUAUUUAUGAUUCAUUAUUGAAUGAAUUACCUUUAUCAGAUAAUGUACCGGGCGGAAUGGUCAAGUAUCGUAGAUCGUUGAGUUUAAGUCUAUUCUUCAAAGGAUUUUUGCAUAUAGCUAAAAAAUUUCAAAUAUUUUUACCAAAAGAAGUUGAAAGUGCAAUAGAAGGAUUCCAUACCAAAAAAUUUAAAAGUUCACAAUAUUAUCAAGUGGUUCAAAAAGAUCAGGAAGCAAAUGAUUUAGUUGGAAGAUCAAUUGUUCAUGCUAGUGCAUAUAAACAAGCAACUGGAGAAGCAAUAUAUUGCGAUGAUAUGCCUAAGUUUGUCGACGAAUUAUAUUUAGCAGUAGUUUUAUCUACCAGAGCUCAUGCAAAGAUUUUGAAAAUCGAUGCAACUAAAGCAUUGUCAAUAGAAGGUGUAGUUGCUUUUUAUAGUGCAAAGGAUAUACCUGAAAAACAGCGAUGGUUUGGUCCUAUAUUUAAAGACGAAGAAAUUUUUGUAUCAGAAAAGGUGACAAGUCAUGGUCAAUUAAUUGGAGCAAUUGUAGCUAUUAAUCAAACCAUUGCACAGAAGGCAGCUAAAAUGGUUGAAAUUGAAUACGAAAAUUUAGAACCAAUAAUUAUUUCUAUAGAGGAUGCUAUUAAACAUCGUUCCUUUUUCAACCAAACACCAAAACAUAUAAAUAAUGGAGACAUAGAAAAAGCUUUUAUUGAAUCACAACAUAUUCUUAAAGGAGAAGUUCGAACAGGAGCACAAGAGCAUUUUUAUCUUGAAACAAAUGCAACUUUGGCAAUUCCAAAAGAAGAAGAUGAAUUAGAAAUAUUUUGUUCAACACAACAUCCCACAGAGCUUCAGAAUUCUAUUUCACAUCUUUUAAAUAUCCAUGCUAAUAAAAUUGUGGUCAGAAUAAAAAGAUUAGGUGGUGGUUUUGGAGGAAAAGAGUCUCGUGCAGCAGUACUUGCUUUACCAGUUGUUUUUGCUGCUUAUAAGUAAAUAUAUUUGUAU